AUGAAGGUCUUCCGAAGGGACCUCCGGACCUCGCCUAAGACGCGGUGGCUUUGCGGUCCAGCCCUGUGUUGGCGGCCGCACUUUCACUCGAAGGGCGAGCAGCUCAGUGAGGUUUCGAAAAUUGGAUGCACGCGGAAAACGUUGCGAAUGUACAGACGUUCCAAGUCCUUCUUGGAUUCUCAGGAUGGCAAAAAGAUUAAAGACAUCUCAAUUAUUACUGGUUUGAGUUGGCAUUCAGAAUUGCAGAGGACUGCCUCCUGGAAACCGACUCGGGCUGAGCAAAGCCUCGCAACAUCCGCCCCACAGAUUUGUACUGUAUAG